UUAAGAAAAAACAUUUAUGCCGAAGUCUUCAAAAUAAGCCUACCAAUCUAUAGCAAACUGAAGCCGCUUCAGUUGAUAAACCCUAAUCUCCAUAAACCCUUUCUCAGUCUCCCGAUCCUCACAUCUUCAAUGGCGUCGUUUGAGCGUUUCGACGACAUGUGCGACAUUAGACUAAAGCCUAAGAUUCUCAGAAACCUGCUGUCCGAACAUGUCCCCAACGAGAAGCAGCCUCUCGUCAACUUCCAAUCACUCUCCAAGGUUGUCUCCACUAUCUCCACCCACAACCUCUUAUCCGAGGACCAGAAGCUUCAAUCUAAGUCCAAAUCAGCUGUUGAUGAAUGGGUUGAGAGGUUACUGGCUCUGGUUUCUUCAGACAUGGCAGAUAAAUCCUGGGUGGGUAUCGUUUUGAUGGGAGUGACUUGUCAAGAAUGCAGCUCGGGGCGAUUCUUUACUUCUUUCUCUGUUUGGUUCAACACUUUACUCUCACAUGUUAAGAAUCCAGAAAGUUCUAGAAUUGUUCGAGUGGCUUCAUGUACUUCAAUCUCUGAUCUCCUUACAAGGCUGUCUAGAUUUGCAAAUACGAAGAAAGAAGCGGUUUCACACGCUGCUAAAGUUAUCUUGCCAAUCAUUAAACUAUUGGAAGAAGAUUCUUCAGAAGCACUAUGGGAAGCCAUUCUCCAUCUGCUGAGUACAAUUGUUGUCUUGUUUCCUGCUGCCUUUCACAGUAGUUAUGAUCAGGUUGAAGCAGCUAUUGCCUCUAAAAUAUUUUCUGCGAAAACCAGUUCUAGAAUGUUAAAGAAAUGUGCCCACUUUCUAGCAUUGCUCCCCAAAGCUAAUAAAGGAGAUACUGCCAGCUGGUCCUUGAUGAUGCAGAAGCUGUUGAUAUCUAUAAACGUACAUCUAAGUAACUUUUUUCAAGGUCUAGAAGAAGAAACAACAGGGGGAAAAGCAAUGCAACGAUUGGCUCCUCCUGGAAAAGACGCUCCUUUGCCCUUGGGAGGUCAAAAUGGGAGUUUGGAUGAUGCAGCAUGGAACUCUGAACAGUUGAUUGUAUCCAGAGUUUCUGCACUUAUGUACUGCAGCUCAGUCAUGCUAACUAGCUCCUACAAAUGCAAGCUUAGCAUUCCAGUUGCCUCGUUACUAUCCCUCGUUAAGCGAGUGCUGGCUGUGAACGGCUCUCUACCAAGUGCCAUGCUACCUUUCAUGACAGGUAUCCAACAAGAAUUGGUUUGUGCAGAACUUCCCAUUUUGCAUUCUUUGGCUCUGGAACUCUUGCGUGCUACCAUAAAGAGUAUCCGUAGCCAACUUUUACCAUAUGCUGCAUCUGUUGUGAGACUUGUUAGUAGUUACUUCAAGAAAUGUGUAUUGCCAGAACUGAGGAUAAAGCUAUACACAAUCACUAAAACCUUGCUCAAAUCCAUGGGUCUAGGAGUUGCAAUGCAACUGGCAAAUGAAGUUGUCUCUAAUGCCUCUGUGGAUCUAGACCCGAAAACCGUAGAAGGAUCUGAUGUCGUUUCCAGCACAAACAGAGCUGUUGUCAAGCCUGGCGGUAAAAAAAGAAAGCAUUCAACAAAUUCAGGAACCGAGGCAGAGAAUGCUGCUAUUGAAGUGGGAGUCCCUCACAAUCACUCUAUCAGCCCAAUCUCAUUGAAGAUAGCAGCUCUGGAGGCACUAGAAACUCUUCUCACAACUGGUGGUGCAUUGGGAUCGGAUAGCUGGAGAGAAGGUGUCGACAAGCUUCUAAUGAUGACAGCGAGUAAUGCUUGUCAAGGAAGAUGGGCCAAUGCUGAAACCUACCAUUAUUUACCUGAUAAGUCCACUGGGGAUCUGGUAGAGUUUCAGCUUGCAGCACUCCGAGCCUUUUUGUCAUCCCUCGUCUCUCCAUCACGAGCACGCCCUGCAUUCUUAGCUGAAGGGCUUGAGCUUUUCCAAACAGGCAAGUCUCAGGGAGAGAUGGAAGUUGCUGGAUUCUGUGCUCACGCUCUCAUGUCCCUUGAAGUUGUUAUACAUCCAAGGGCACUUCCACUCGACGGUCUCCCAUCACUUAGGGACCAAUUCCCGGAAAGCAAUUCUCGCGUUGGUGAUGAUCUUCUAUUCAAGGGAUGGGCGGCAAACGUGGAUGUUGUUCCCUCUAACAACGAGAUUCAGAGGAACGUUGACUCGACUUUACCUCUCCAAGAGGCUAAAAGAUUGAAACGUGGGAACGAUAUAGCUACUGUGGAUUCUCUGAGUGGCCCAGGUCAUACAAAUAUUGUUGGAUCAGAGAAUGUUCAAAUAGCUGAUGUUCCUGAAUCACAUAAGGAAUCUCUAGGACAUGUUUCAGAGAAAGAUGACAUGGCUCCGGAAGAAGUGUAUCAAGAAGUAGUGAGCGAGACUCAAGAGGGAGAGGGUGUAGCGGUUAAGGAUAGUCUCAUGGAGGAAGCAGUAGUUGAUAAGAAGCGAGAGUCAUUGGAUGAAUCUGAUGAUGAUUCUAUUCCAAGUCUCAAGGCAGAUGAUUAUCUCUCUUCUGAUUCUGAUAUUGAAUCUUAAUGCAAGAGUUCACAAAUCUCUUUUUCUUUCUUUUUUUCUAAGUUCAAAGUUUUGAUCAUGAUUUUCUUUACUUUUGAAGAUACUUUCAUUGAAUAGUUUCCCAACUUCAGAAUUCAAAUUUUCUUAGAGUUC